GCGGAGGGCACACCCACCGCAGUGGAGCAAGAAGCUUCCAGCAAGCCUUCUGGCCAGGAACUGCUGCCACUGUGCGAUGUCCUCUUCAACAUCAUCUCCAUGGCAUCGUACUUCUGCGACAUUGUCUUUGACGUCAUGGUGGCGUACACGCUGUUGGUCGUGCGCCAGCAGUUGGUCUGGUUCUCGGUUGCCCUCACCAGCAUCCUGGGGUCGCUGCUGGUCAGCCAGGGCCUAUCUCUCCACUGGUACCUUCAGCGUGGUGCAAAGACCAAGGCACGCCGAGGCGGUGUGUUGUUGCUCCAUGCCUUCCAAACGGGCGUACUGUGGCGCUACUUCAAGCUACUUCUGCCAGUACACCUAAGCCGUGUCAAGCAGGAGGUGGCCGACUUGUGCCUGCUGCGUCUCAUCCAUGGCUUUGGUGAAGCCGCCCCGAUGCUGCUGCUGCAGCUACACCUAGCCUGGGCACAGCCAGCGCCAAGCAUGGUAGCACCACUCGACCGAGUCUCAGCAUUGCUUUCUCUAUUCAGUGUAUGCUGGGCUCUGGCCUCCUUUAGCAAGAACAUCCGUCGCCAGCAACUUCACCGGCUUGUCCUCACGUGGCUAGGUGUGGUUUGUCAGUUGGCUUGGCGGCUGGGGACAGUGUCUGCAAGAGCUUGUGCCCUGAUCCUUUACGCUUCACUUUAUGGCCACUGGGUGUUGGUGGUGCUGCUUUUACACUGGCUCGCCAUGUUGGUCUGGCUGGCUUCUCCACCACCACGGCUGUUCCGUGGAGAUGCACCUGCCCGCCGACUGGCUUACUGGGCUCUGCUAGCUUACGUGCACACCAUUUGUUACGUCAACCUGAGGCCCAAUCCUGGGCGACCCGGUCGGGCCCGCUGCGCCGCUUUCUACACUGCCAUGCUUCUAGAGAACAGUCUUCUGACAGCCGUUUGGCUUGCGUUGAAGCCAGGCCCGCACUGGGGUCAGGACCUGGUGCUGUUUGUGGUGUGGGGAGGGUUCUUUCUUGGGCUGGGCUUCAUGCUCCUUUACUACCGAUGGUGUCACGUACGGAGGCUUGUGCCUCCGCCAAGAGCACCUGCUCCAGCGGCACCCACGGGGGUGUUCAACUGCCGUUUGAAUCCAGCUGCACUCAAGAGGAAGCGCAAGAAGCCGUCAUCAUUCGUUCCACCUGCGCAGCCGUUCUGGAAGCGUGCUCCAGUUGGCAGCAACGUGGUACCGGCUGUCGACAUACAGCAAAAGCUCCAAGAGAAGCGGCGCCAGCAACUUCAAGACCUCCUAGCCAUUGAAGAGGAAAUGAAGCAGGGAAAGCUUCCUCCCAGAGGAACACUACAGGGUCCCACACCACGGCAGCCGAUUCCACGCUCCAAGAAGCAACCCUGGCUCCGCAGCCCUCCACAGUUCUGCUACCGGUCACUGCUCGGCGGCUCGCCUGAGAUCCUGCUCUGCCCACAGCGCCUAGACCCAGAGCGAGCCAUUGGCAGCCUUCGUGUGCCACCCCAGCCGCGUGAAGUCCGGUGGACCCAAAGGCCAUUCACGUUCCGCGAGAGCAAUUCGAGUGAUGGUGACGUGGACUCGGCUGACGAGGAUGCCUCUGCGCGGUUCCGCACUUGCCGAACAUUUCUGGGCCGUCCACAUGGACCAGAGACUCAGCUUUGACACCUGUCACUGGUGGUGAGAGCAGCCACGUUGAACUCCAGUGCCUCACAUGCUUUUUGUACAUGGAACGUUAUGUGAAUAUUUAUUGCCCAAGGAAAAUUCCUGUGGAAAUACUCCGUAGACCCUGUGCUGCAAGAAGUAGACGUUAUUGCUGUCACACUGUGCGCUUAUCCCGCAUCGAAACAUUGUGCCUUUUUUUUGUUUCAUACAAUGUUAUACUUGCUAAAAUUAGAACUUCAACAGUUUAUGGGCAGCCUCUGAGUUGUGCCAAUGUCUUACAUCUUGGGUCCACCUAUGCAUGACCUUGCCACAAGCACAGUUUGUGUUAAUUGACUACAGCUGUAUAAAUGAAAUGACAUCAAGGUUCGAGUAGAUGUGAUUCUGGCUAACUUUACAGUUUUCUUUUCUUGUAAGAGCAAUGCAAUGUCACAGUCACUAAGCAGAGCCUUGUAAUUCACACUGAUUAUACACAAACUUGGCACUAGCUAUAUCCUGCGAUCAUUUUAGAAUUGAGAUUUUAUGUUAACCUAGUGCCAGGAAUACAGACGAAUACGGGUCACCUUGUAACUACUGAAGCAAGGUUUGGGUACGUGCUAGCUGGUAUUGCAUUUUUUCGAACAUCACUUACAAUGCGUACAGGGACAAGGGACCAAAAGAACAACGAACAGCACUUGUCUUCGGCGUUCUUUUGGUCCCUUGUCCCUGUGAGUGAUGUUUACACACUGUAAGUGAUGUUUGUAACCACUGUCAGUGACAAUUGCAAGCUUGCUGGAGAGGCUCCUCUCGCAAAUGUGUGCUGUGUCGUCUUUCCAUACUUCCAUGCUGCUGGAUAUUUCUCUUAUGCAUCGAACAGGUAUUGAGAGGGUGCCCCCAGUACAGUAGCAGCAAAAGCACCACGGUCACAAACCACGUGCACAAAUAGCAUAGAUUGGCUGUUGUAGGGAUAGACAGCUUACAGAACAAACACUCGUAAACAUUAAUACCACUGGGUGCUUCAAAGUUCUUGAGAGGGACCAUCCUGACCACUUGUGCAAGGAAGCUCUUCACCCAUCCUCAAAGACCUGAAGAGCUUGUUGUUACGACGAGCUUCAUUACAGGUACAAGAUGUAGAUGCUUUUGCGUCACAUACAAUAACUCUGUGCACCUUCCGAAUUAACGCACUUAAGAACUUGAAUGCAUUCAGUUUUCUGUAGUUCAAUGUGGUAUAAGGCUGCUGUUCCUAAGAUGUCAACACCAACACCAAGGACUUGUAACAUUACGACAUGCUUAGUUCUUUUUGAUAUCUAAACCUAGGCUGGUUGUAUAACGUAAUCAGUUAGUCGUGUGCCACACCAUGUGCAGUUCCAUACCAUGAUUGCUGAACUAUGCCUGAACUAUGUGCGUACUUGAUGAACCUUUAACUGAUCGAUCCAGCUGUGGCACCUUUCAUGCAUCAGUUUGCUGUUUGCAGAGGUAAAUGGUCACUCCUGGACACCCGCUUCUGGUGGCAUGACAGACAGAUAAAGAUCUUGCAGCGCCCCUGCGUGUUGCCUUUCGUGUAUUGUCCUUUAUCAUUCUCACUCUGCAAACUCAUUUCACCAUCACCCACAAGUAACUAGCCCACCGACAAGCCAUUAAAAGGGAUAAACCUGGCAGCUGGGCUCAUCCUCUAAUUUUUCUGCUACCCUACACAAAGGAUUCAAGUUGGUGUAGCCGUCAGAUUUGAAGAAUAGCUACAAAGUGUGUUUGCACUGUCAAUACCUGUACUACACCCAACGAUCUGAUUUAUAAAAACUUUGUCUUGUUCUGCA